AAGCAAUAACAAUCAAGCUAAGUGGAGAUUCAUUUGCCUUUCUUUUCCUGCGUCCUUUCUUUUUACAGCAUAUUGGACCAUAUAAAAUAUACUCCAUACUUCCAUUAUCACACUACUAGAGCUUAAUAUAUAAGCACAAAUUAAAGCAAUCCCAAUAAGCACCUACAAGUGUACAACAACCCCAUCAACUCUAAAGAGACACCCAUAGCAUAUAACUCUUCAAUAAUACUAAUUCAUCAUCACCUAACAAAAAUCCUUUGCUAACGUUGUUACAAUCUCAAAGCACCAACUCGAAACCUAGUAUAAAUCGAAACAACUCUCUUACCAGCUGAUACAAAUGUCUAGUAGGUGGUAAUAAGGCACUAAGAAAAAUCAUGCGUAGGUUGAGUAACACAGUAAUAGGUUUCCUAAACCUAUUUUCUCUCCUAGCAUCAAUACCCAUCAUUGGUGCAGGGCUUUACAUGGCAAAGGAUAGUACAACAUGUGAGAAUUUCCUCCAAACUCCGCUUCUUGUAAUCGGCUUCAUUGUCCUCAUCAUAUCCCUAGCAGGGUUCAUUGGUGCAUGUUUUUACGUAGCAUGGGCUCUGUGGGUGUACCUAGUGGUCAUGUUGCUACUCAUCAUUGUUUUGAUGGUCAUAACCGUGUUCAGUUUCGUGGUUACAAGCCAAGGGGGUGGUACUCAAAUUCCAGGGAGGGUUUACAGAGAGUAUCACCUACAAGAUUACUCCCCUUGGUUAAGGGCUAGGGUUAAAGACCCUAAGUAUUGGAAUAAUAUUAGGGGUUGUAUUUUUGGAUCUAAGACUUGUGCUAAGGUUGCUACUUGGACUCCUGUUGAUUAUCUUAGGAAUGAUAUGACUCCUGUCCAGUCGGGAUGCUGUAAGCCACCAACAUCAUGUACAUACGGGCAAGAUCCGGUUAUGAUGGUACAAGAUCCGGAUUGCUACAAAUGGAACAACGACCCGAAUUUGCUAUGCUACGAGUGUGAUUCUUGCAAGGCUGGAGUACUCGAGUCAAUAAGGAGGGAUUGGCACAAAUUGUCUGUCCUCAAUGUAGUUAUGCUUAUCUUGCUCAUUGGCAUAUACUCCAUUGGUUGUUGUGCAUUCCAAAACACUCGUCGGGCCGAAACUGAUUACCCGUAUGGCCAUAACCGUAUGACCAAAGUCCGACCCAGAUGGGACUUCUACUGAUUUCUUUUGACCAUAUAUAGGUGGAGAUGGUGGCGUGAUAGAAGAGAACAGCUUUGGUAGACUAGUAACUUUUUAUUUUUUAUUUUUUUUAUUUUUUAUGCCUUUUUUUGUUUUAGUUUGAUGGAGCCAAAAGUGGUGUUAUAUUCCAUGUUGUGCAUGUUCUUGGUUCCUCUUUCUAGUACAAACGAAGGGUCAACCCUUUUUUCUCCUGUUAAGCUUGUAUCUAUAUAUUAGAUAGGGUUGUAUCAAUAUUGGCUUAUGGAUACGUUUAAAGGUUUUGUAGAGUGAUGGGAAUUUGGUUAUUUUA